AAGAUGUAUUGCAGAGAUUGGAGUACCUUCUGUUUUAUUAUCUCAGGAAUAUCAAGAAUCCAAUAUUCGGUCAUUCUCAAUCGGUGUUUAACCGUAAAAGAUUCUGUUUUAUAAAUUAUUAGCAAUGAUUUAGUUUGUUUAAAAAUAAGUCAUAUUAUUAAAUAAAAUCAUUAAUGUAGAUUAAUAUUUAUAUUUAUACCAAACAACAGGGGGUGUGUAUUAUUUUUAAAAAAUAUAAUUAUUUACUUGUAUUUUAAUAUUAAAUAACUUAUGAAUGUAAACGAGUGUUUAGUGUUGAUCUUGGCUUGGUUAAAAAAGAUUAAAACGAAGGGAUGAUGAUGGGUGAUCAAUUUCGUAGCAAAGUCGAACAAUAUUCACCAAAAUCAUCGCCAAGGGGUGCACGUUCCCCUGUUGUAUCACGUCAAGAUUCAACAGGAACACUAAAAACAACAAUAUCCCUUGGAAAAAAUCCUUCAAUUGUUCACAGUGGACCUUUUUAUUUGAUGAAAGAACCUCCUGGGGAAAGUGAACUUACUGGAGCAACUAAUUUGAUGGCCUAUUAUGGCCUCGAACACUCGUAUAGUAAAUUCAGUGGUAAAAAAUUAAAGGAACAACUUUCAUCAUUUCUUCCAAGUCUUCCUGGUACUAUUGAUACACCUGGACAUCAAGAUAAUAGUUCCUUGAGAUCUGUGAUUGAGAAACCACCAAUUGGAGGAAAAGAAUUACUUCCAUUAACAAGUGUUCAACUGUCAGGUUUUCGAUUACAUCCUGGGCCUUUACCUGAACAAUAUCGAUAUGUUAAUCAAGCGCCUCAAAGGAAGCACAAGAAUAAACAUAAGAAACAUAAACAUAAACCUGGAGAUGUUCCAGCUGGACAAGAGAUAGCGACCACUGAUAUCGGUGGUUCGGAUACCCACGAAAAGAAACACAAAAAACAGAAAAGACACGACGAAGAAAAAGAAGCCAGGAAGAAACGUAAGAAAGAAAAGAAACGGAAAAAACAAAAACACAGUCCUGAACAUCCUGGUGGACUCACGCCGUCGCAGCAUUCCAACUCGUGAUUGACAAUUACUUUUUUUAUACGUUUAUCUAAUUGUAAGCUGGCCAAUCGUGGAGAAUUUUUUGCUCAUUUAAACAAACUAAACUAAAAAC